AUGCCGAGCGGGACGCCAGCCCAUCAUCGCCACGCGACUCCGAAGCCCACCGUGGCAGAGCGGCCGCAUGGGCAUAAGGAGGCUCCCCCGCAGGUGAUACCUAUGACCAAUGUUAUGCCAGGGGACAGUCCCUUCGUCACAGCCGUGUUGCGGCUUUCGCCGCUUGUUCUCACGACUGAUAUUUCACCUGUCCGUUAUUGGUUAUUAGAAGAUAGAGGGGGGACCGUGGAAUCCGGCGCAACGACUCCCAUACUACCAGAAGACGGCAGCACUAUGCAGGCCUUUCUGCUGCGCAUCGAGCGCCGGUACAUCCAGAUGGGAUUGGAACCUCGCGAGUGGGGAAAUGCAGUUAUUGACCACCUUGUGGGCCCGGCUCUAACGUAUUGGAUGUAUCUACGGAGAACUAUCGACCUAAGCGACUGGGCGGCAGUACAGCGCAGGCUUUUGGGGCGGUUUGACAGAACAAUGUCGCAGAGUCAAUUGUUAACGGAGUUGGCUAAA